CAUAUGUGAUUUUCCUAACAAGCCAGUUUUCUGUUUGAGAAUCAUGUUCACAGUGUUUUAGAAACUAUAAGUGAACCAGAUUUCAGGACUGGGACCCAUGACAGCUCAUGGGAGGGCAGAGGUCUGAUCUUCCACCCUUGGGACCACCAGCUGGGAUGCAGCCUUUAUGUGUCAACUUCAGGACCCUUCUUCUCUUGGUUCUGCUUCCCUGGCCAGGUGCAGGACAAUUCUAUGUGAUAGGACCCAGAGAACCAGUCAUUGGCUUGGUUGGGGAAGAGGCUGUGUUGUCCUGUCAGCUCAGCCCAUCAAUGGAUGCUCAGAACAUGGAAGUGAAAUGGUAUCGUAAUGAUCCUUUUGGCCUGGUGCAUCAUUAUAGUACUUCCCAGGUUGAUAUGGAGCAGCAGAGGCCAGAAUACCAAGGGAGAACAGAAUUCCUGAAGGGGAAUAUUACCAAAGGGCAUGUUGCCUUAAGGAUACAUCCCAUCCAACUUUCAGAUGGAGGGGAGUAUGCAUGUUUCUUUGAAAGCUCCACAUACUACAAUGAUGCAACAUUCCAAGUGUUGGUCACAGUCUCAGGUAGGGCUCCUCAUAUCCACAUUGAGCCUGGAAAUAAAAAGGACUUUAAAGUGACCUGCAUGUCCACGGGGUGGUAUCCAGAGCCUGAGGUGCAAUGGAGGAACCAUCAAGGACUGCAUCUGGCACCAGGCUCUGAGACAAAGACAAUGGAAGGAAGUGGAUUGUUUCAUGUGGAAUCAUCUCUCACAGUGGACAAAAGUUCAAGAGCAGAAGUGUCCUGUGUUGUAAGGAACACAAUACUCAGUGUUGAGAAGGAAGUGCAUGUUUCCUUGGCAGAUUCCUUAUUUCUUGAGGACUUUACUUGGAUAGUGUGGUUGGUUGUUCUCCUGGUUCUCCUGGUCAUCAGUGUAACCAUCUGUGUUCUAUUUCUGCAUGCUAGAAAAGACAAAGGUAAAUGAAACAACAAGAACAACAACAAACAACUCAAAGGAACCCAAGACAAAAACAGCAAAAACUGUGGGGAUUGGGUUCAUUUGUGGAAGAAGUACACUGUAAUAUUAACACAAAAUUCAUAAUUGGUUUGUAGGGGGCCUUUAGCAUUUCAAAUUGGGAGCAAGAAAAAGUAAUCAGAAAAAAUAUGUAAGUACAUACUCAAAACUCUGAGCAUUUUUCAGAAAAUAGAGGUUGUCUGGUUAAGGUCAAUUAUGUUCAUGUAGUUUUGGGAUCUAGGUGAGGAGCAGUGGAGUGGAAUCUAGAGACAAAAACCAAGAAAGAAUUAUUGAAACAUCUUUGGUGCAAAAUGGUGGUUUAUUAAAGCACAGGAGCAGGACCCAUGGGCAGAAAGAGCUGCUGCUCUGGGGUUUGUGAGGUGUGGCUGAUUAUAUAUCAUGGGAUUUUGGGAGGUAAGGAAAAAGGGUGGUCUGAAAGAACUUUCAUGUAUUAAAGAAGACACACAGGAUACUGGUAGUUUUGCCAUUUGUUAAGGUUGUUUUUCCUUUAAGUAAGGCAUUAACAGUAAGAUAGUUGGGAAAUUCUUGGAAGCAUGUCACACUCCUUCUAUCAUACCUCCUUGUCAUUGAGCUUUAGGCUUAGCAGAAAUUCAACUUUAUUUACAUUUUUCUCUGCCUGAGCCUCCCUCAAUUUUAUGGAGGGGAAGAUGAUAUUAGGGUUUCAGGAAUGGAGUUAUGGACCUCUGGAAGUUAGGCUAUUGAUAAGAAAGCUUUUUCCUUGUAAAUAACUGGGACAUUUGUAGACUUAGGGAGACUCAGGUCUUGCAUGAUUGUGAUCUCUACCAGUUAAAUGUUUGUUUUUCCUCUAGGGCAGCCUGGAGUGCCUAAGGAAUGUCACAUAUAUAUCACAGGGGGAAGUGUGGGGUGUCAGCUUCUGCCUUGUCCUCAGCUAGCCUUCUGCUUCUUAUCAAUUUCAUCAAGAAAAAAAAUGCACUUCAUUUCUGAUAUACACUUAAAUUUGAGGGUUUAAAAACUAGAUUAUAUCUCUGUUUGUUGGUUUAUGUGCUUGUUUAUGUACCCAGAGGUAAUACAAUUCUCUGUGACAUCAUUUGUUAAUUGAAGUUAGUUUAGCAUCAGGGUGGCAUUUUCUGGUUUCAGAAUGCAUGUGUUCUUUCAUGUAUUUGGGGGUGGGGGGAGUGUAAUCUAGAGCAGUAUUCAGAACAUUUCUUCAUAAGCAUAAGCAAGAAGACAUUAAGAAGUUAAAGUUUUUAUCGAGGCCAUG